GCUGUCUUUCUGAGCUCGAGGUGGGAGGCCAUGUCUGAGUACCUGCAGGCCUGCUUGGGCUGACUCUAGACUUUCUGCCUGCUCCAGGGGGGUGAGAGAGAGAAGAUAAACACCCCUGACUGGCUCUGGAGGAGCAUAAAAGAGGAGGCUUAUAUCCCACCUUUGUUCUCCCUAAGAUGUCUCUCCACGGACCCACUCCCGACUCGCCCCAAACUGUUUAGUAACUCCACACCGUCUGCAUUCCCCAUCAGCCGGGAGAGAGAAUACCCCACAAGGAAGUGGAUAGAGAGAGAGAGAGAGAGAGGUGUCACAGCUGUAGACUGCAGCAGCACCAGCAGAGAGAGAGAGAGAGCAAGCUAAUUGGCAUUACUGAGAUGGUGUCAGAGCUGAGAGACAUGAGAAGUGACUUCUGAAGAGAGUUCUGUUCUCUGAAGGAUAUUGCAGCUGAUCUACAGGACAUUUGUUUGUGGGUUUUUUUUCUUCAUUUUUCGAAGAGACUCAAUUUAGUUGGAUGCAGGUUUAGCUUAGCCUUCCGUCAUGAAUCUUCUGGGAAGCUGUAUGAAGAGGGGGCAGACUGGCUGCCACAGAGGUGGUCUGGCUUGGCCCUGUCAGGUCCUGCUCCUGGCCUGCUGUAUCCUGGUAGUCCUGGGGGCCAAGCCAAAGACACCUGGCCACAAACACCUCAACUCCAUCCGCAUAGAUGGGGAUAUCUCUCUUGGUGGCCUCUUCCCGGUACACGCCAGAGGCAACGAUGGUAAAGCCUGUGGGGAGCUGAAGAAGGAGAAGGGGAUCCACAGACUGGAGGCCAUGCUGUUUGCACUGGACCGCAUCAACAAUGACCAUGAGCUGCUGCCCAACAUCACUCUGGGUGCCAGGAUCCUGGAUACCUGUUCCCGGGACACCCACGCCCUGGAGCAGUCGCUCACCUUCGUCCAGGCGCUCAUCGAGAAGGACGGGACGGACAUCAAGUGCCUGAGCGGCGGGCCGCCCAUCAUCACCAAGCCUGAGAGGGUGGUGGGUGUCAUCGGGGCCUCCGCCAGCUCUGUGUCAAUCAUGGUUGCCAAUAUCCUGCGGCUCUUCAGGAUCCCCCAGGUGAGCUAUGCCUCCACGGCUCCGGAGCUGAGUGAUAACACGCGCUACGACUUCUUCUCCCGAGUCGUGCCCCCGGACACCUACCAGGCACAGGCCAUGGUGGAUAUAGUUAAAGCCAUGCGCUGGAAUUAUGUCUCCACAGUAGCAUCAGAGGGUAACUAUGGAGAAAGCGGUGUGGAUGCCUUCAUACAGAAGUCCCGCGAAGAGGGAGGUGUGUGCAUCUCUCAGUCAGUGAAGAUACCACGAGAACCUAAGCCUGGAGAGUUUGACAAGAUCAUCCGCAGACUGUCAGAGAACCCCAAUGCACGGGUUGUUAUUCUCUUUGCCAAUGAAGAUGACAUUAGGCGGCUUCUUCAAGCAGCUAAGAAGGACAACCAGACAGGACAUUUCAUAUGGGUGGGUUCAGACAGCUGGGGGUCUAAGAUCUCCCCCAUACUCAACCAGGAGGAGAUGGCAGAAGGUGCUGUUACCAUUCUACCUAAACGGCAGUCCAUCCGAGGGUUUGAUCGCUACUUUAUCAGCAGAACUUUGGACAACAACAGAAGGAAUAUUUGGUUUGCAGAGUUCUGGGAAAACAACUUUCAGUGCAAACUCAGUCGACAUGCUCUGAAGAAAGGAUCCGGCAUCAAAAAGUGCACAAACCACGAGCGGAUCAGGAAGGACUCGUCCUAUGAGCAGGAGGGAAAGGUCCAGUUUGUGGUCGACGCAGUCUACGCCAUGGCUCAUGCCCUGCACAACAUGCACAAGGAGCUCUGUCCAGGCAAAGUGGGCCUCUGCUCCAAAAUGGAAACCAUCAAUGGAACCAUGUUGCUCAAGUUCAUCCGCAAAGUCAACUUUACAGGAAUUGCUGGCACUCCAGUGAUCUUCAAUGUGAACGGAGAUGCCCCUGGUCGCUAUGAGAUUUACCAGUACCAGAUGAAACACAACACCACAGAGUAUAAGAUCAUCGGCCACUGGGCAGACCAGCUCCAUUUAGAUACUAAGGAGAUGUGGUGGCCUGGUGGGACACUCCAGGUACCCCAGUCUAUCUGCAGCCAGCCAUGUUGUCCUGGGGAGAGGAAGAAAACAGUCAAAGGUGUCCCCUGCUGUUGGCACUGUGAGCGCUGUGAUGGCUACCAGUACCAGGCCGACACCUACAGCUGUAAGAUGUGCCGCUUUGACCUGCGGCCCAAUGAGAACCACACGGCCUGUGAAGCCAUCCCCAUCGUCAAGCUGGAGUGGAGUUCCCCUUGGGCUGUCAUCCCUGUACUCAUUGCUGUGCUGGGCAUCAUGGCCACCAUGUUUGUGGUGGGCACCUUCAUCCGCUACAACGACACACCCAUCGUGAAGGCGUCAGGGCGCGAACUCAGCUAUGUGCUGCUGACGGGCAUCUUCCUGUGCUAUGCCACCACCUUCCUCAUGAUCGCUGCCCCUGACGUUGGCAUCUGCUCCCUGCGACGGAUCUUCCUUGGUCUGGGGAUGAGCAUUAGCUAUGCAGCGCUGCUCACUAAGACCAACCGUAUCUAUCGCAUCUUUGAGCAGGGGAAGAUGUCAGUGAGCACCCCAAGGUUCAUCUCCCCGGCCUCCCAGCUGGUCAUCACCUUCAGCCUGAUCUCAGUUCAGCUCCUGGGGGUGUGUAUCUGGUUUGGUGUUGACCCGUCUCAGGCUAUCAUUGACUAUGAGGACCAACGUACGUCCAACCCGGACAUGGCCCGUGGCGUGCUCAAAUGUGACAUCUCAGACCUUUCUCUGAUCUGCCUGCUUGGCUUCAGCAUGCUGCUCAUGGUCACCUGUACGGUGUAUGCCAUCAAGACCCGGGGGGUGCCAGAGACCUUCAACGAGGCCAAGCCCAUCGGCUUCACCAUGUACACCACCUGUAUCGUGUGGCUAGCCUUCAUACCCAUCUUCUUUGGGACCUCGCAGUCAACAGAAAAGAUGUACAUCCAGACCACGACUUUGACCAUCUCUGUGAGCCUGAGUGCCUCUGUGUCUCUGGGAAUGCUCUACAUGCCAAAGGUCUACGUGGUCCUUUUCCACCCGGAGCAGAACGUGCCCAAUCGCAAGCGCAGCCUCAAGGCUGUAGUCACUGCAGCCACCAUGUCCAACAAGUUCCCCACCAAGGGUGGCCUCCGUCCCAACGGAGAGGCCAAGUCUGAGCUCUGUGAAAGCCUGGAGACACAAGCAUUGGCCUCCAAGCAGACAUACAUCAGCUACAGUAACCAUGCCAUCUAAGAGACAGACAGUGGAACUCCGGCUUGGAAGAAUAGCAAGGACCGUGGGGUGAACAAACACCAAAAACUGGAGCACCAAGAUGCAAGAGCAGUGGCAAAGGUGGAGAAAUGAGAAUGAGAAUAAUCACUCAACAUACAGAACUGAUGUCACUAUUUUCAAGAGGACAAGGCAAGGCAAAUAUAUUGAAUGCCAAACAAAAGCAGUGCAGGGUGGGGAAGUGGGGAUGUCAGGUAGACAGUGAUGUCUCCCCUCCCCACCCUCCUUGUGACAUGUCAGAUACACCAGGCAAUUACAUUUCCAAAUUCAGUCAGAGCCAAUCACUUCAAUUCAGUGUUUUCCUUUUGGAGUUUAUAUAACAGCAUUUCUCUUCUGGUGUUUUGUCUGAAGCUGACUAACACCCUCUUCGGUAAGAGUGAAUUGAGUUUUCUCUUUGUGUGCAGCAGUGUUGUGUCUCUCUCUACCAGUAGUAAUGUGCAAUUAUUUGCCUCCCUUUCUUCUCUGUCCUUUCCAAUGCGGGUGAAUUGCUGAACAUAAUAUCAAAUUAGUCAAAGCUGUCAAAAGUAGAUGAAAAAGUGUGUUGUUGGUGUGGGGUAAGUCUUCAUUCAAGGCCAAAAUAAACAAAUAUUAAUACUCAGGCUCUGUAACAUUAACAUUAUGUUAUCAUCAUUUUAAUGAAGGUCAUAGUUGUGAAACAGAGCCAACAAGUAUGCACCUUUCCAACCUUUAACAUGUAUGAAUAUUCAGUGUUACAGCAGGGGUCCAAUAAGUGUUUUCUUAACAUUUUGUACAUCAAAUAAAGCGAUGGAUUUUCACAGAUGAUAGCGAUAUCAUAGCUGACACCAUCUUUACGGGCUAAUAUACAGUCAUAGAGCAUGCCUGUGGGAGCAUAAUGUGUACUGUGCUGUGUUUUCAAAAUCUAUUAAAUCCAACAUGUGUGAGGAUUGUAGUUCAACAGACACAGUGGCAUUAUCAUGUUUUGACUAUUACACACAUGGUACCUUAUGCAGAUUAAUGCAGAUUAGAAUACAUGAAAAGGCAUAAGAACUGGCUAAAAAGUAAAAGUAUUGUAUGUUCAACCUCGCCUACUUUUCAGUGAAAUACAGCUUCAAGACUACAGCCCAUAGACAGCCAUGCACUGCCUCAGUGUAUUCAUGCUGGUAUUGUCACAUGUGAGAAUAUCAUUUCAUGGUCUUGUUCCGUUAGAAAUUCAGCAGUUCCAUCUCAACGUGAUGAAUUUGGAAUCUGUAACAGAUAUGUCUAACAUAUAGCUAGCUAUUGGCGAUACGUUAAGUAAUGGUACAAAACACUCUUUGGAGCAUCAGCAGUGUACUCUGUCUAGUGUGCACCAUCCUUGGUUACGUUAUCGACUAAUUUGCCAUGCACCUGUGAUUUCCGUAAUAGUGCUUGUUCCCUUAAUGUUGUUCAGAGAAAGGAAGUCCCUCCACAUCCACAUGAGGGAAUUGGGUUUAAAAUCCCCUAAGGACGAUAUACAUGCCUGUGUGGAAAUCUAAUUAGCAUAAUAAAAAAAUCCCCAUAAGAAUCUGUCAGUUUAAGCUAGAGAUAUCUGUUUGUUUGCAUUGGAUAUAUCUCAAUCCACCGCAUCCAGCAAUUUAACACUUCUGCAUCUGCGUUGAAAGGUGACAGAGUUAGAGAGGUGUUUGACAGACCAUGAGACAUCCCGAAAUAACAAUUUGGACGCUACAAUUAAUGGUCUUUUCACAAAACCGUCUGAACGGUUUGGCCUAAAAGCUAUUAUGACCCCUCUAUGCAAAGAUGAGACUCUCACGAACAGGAUGUUGUUUCCUGUUUUGGAAUAACACGAACAUGUCAGUGGUUUUGCUCUACGACCCCUACAAGGGACCCCCUGUAUCGUCUGAAGUCCGUACGACCGAUCUACCAACAUCUGUCUGUAGAGUCCGAACAGUUCGGGCUAUGUACUAAUAACCUGUGUAAAGGUGAGACUCUGACAAACACGUAAAUGUUGGUUUGUUGCUCUUGGAUGCGCACAGACCUCCCAAGACUCGUCUGAAGGUCCUCCGGUACCAGAUGACAAAUGUAAUGGAAGUAUAUACAGUGCAUUCGGAAAGUAUUCAGAACCCUUUACUUUUUUCCUGAUCAACCCACACACAAUACCCAAUAAUGACAAAGUGAAAACAGGUUUUUAGAAAUAUUUGC